AUGUACAGGACCCAAUUGACUAAGACUGCUGCUCAGUUGCAACACCAACCACAGGUUUUGGUUUUGAGAUCGAUCUCGUCGACUUCCAAAUGUUUGAAGUUUGGUGAGAUCCCCUUGGCUCCCCCAGAUAAGAUCUUGGGAAUCACGGAGGCAUUCAUCAAUGACUCAAACCCCAAGAAGAUCAACUUGGGAGUUGGUGCCUACCGAGACAAUUUGGGAAAGCCAAUCAUUUUCCCAUCAGUCAAGGAGGCUGAAAAGGUCUUGUUGCAGAAGGAGAAUGAAAAGGAGUAUACUCCCAUCAUUGGAUCGAAAAAGUUUCAAAACAUUGUCAAGAACUUUAUCUUUAACAAUUCCGGUAAAGACGCCAACGGUAAGCAAUUGAUUGACGAUGGAAGAAUCGUCACUUCGCAAACCAUUUCAGGGACCGGUUCGCUUCGAGUCAUUGCUGACUUUUUGAACAGAUUCUACUCCAACAAGAAGAUCCUUGUCCCCAAGCCCACUUGGGCCAACCACGUUGCCGUGUUCAACGACGCUGGCUUGCAACCAGAGUUUUACAGCUACUACGAAACAAGCAAAAACGACUUGGACUUUGCCAACUUGAAAAAAUCGUUGGAGUCACAACCAGACGGCUCCAUUGUCUUGUUGCACGCAUGUUGCCACAACCCAACGGGUAUGGACUUGACCAACGAGCAAUGGGACCAAGUCUUGCAGAUUAUUGAGAACAAGAAGUUUUUCCCCUUGGUCGACAUGGCCUACCAGGGUUUUGCCAGUGGUAAGCCAUACGAAGAUAUCGAGUUGAUUAGAAAAUUGACCAAGUUGGCCAAUGAAAACAAGAUCCCCACGUUUGCAUUGUGUCAAUCGUUUGCCAAGAACAUGGGCUUGUACGGUGAAAGAACCGGGUCCAUCUCCAUCAUCACCCCUAGUGCUCAAGAUUCCAAGGCGAUUGAAUCUCAGUUGAAAAAACUCAUUCGUCCAAUCUACUCAUCUCCUCCUAUCCACGGCUCCAAAAUUGUGGAAGUGAUCUUUGACGAGUCAACGGGUCUCUUGCCCCAAUGGUUGUCGGAGUUGGACCAAGUUGUCGGUAGAUUAAACACCGUGAGACAAAAGCUCUAUGACAACUUGGACAAGUCCAACUAUAACUGGGACCACUUGUUGAAACAAAGGGGUAUGUUUGUUUACACGGGCUUGUCACCGGAACAAGUGCAAACUUUGAGAAACGAAUAUAGUGUUUAUGCUACCGAUGAUGGAAGGUUCAGUAUUUCCGGUAUCAACGAUGGCAAUGUUGAAUACUUGGCUAAUGCUAUCAAUGAAGUUAUCAAGAAGUAA